CCUUGGAUGCUCCUGUCCCUUGCCUGUCCCAGGGGAUGCCCCAGUUCACUUUUGCUUGCUUCUGUGGGCUCCAUGGCUUCUGCAAUAUGAAAAGGAAAAAGGAAGAGCCCAGCACCGAGCAAGAGACAGCCGUUUGACCUUUCCUUGGUGCAUCACCUUAAUUCUUUCUAUUGAGUUGGAGGAGCACUGUGGCUACAGUAACUUGAGACUUUGCUAGCCUGGAAAAACCCACUUUGUUCAGAUAAUAAUCUUACAGGAGAUCCAGAAGCUGGCUGGGCAAAAUGGCAAUUCUGUACAGUUUCCUAUUUUGAAACAUCCUGAGCCUUAGAGACUGUUCUAGGGGAUGAUGUUGCUGUAGGAGAUGACCGAGCUGCUCCAAACCUGUACUUCUAAAGAACAGUGCAAUAAUGGGCUUGAAGCCACAAUGAGGAUUCAUCUGGCACUCAGUCAUCAUCCUCACUGAAUCAGUCUGAAAGGUUCACAGGAGUUCUUUUUUUCUUUUUUCUCAUUGCCAUGGAGCUGAAAGAAGACACUUAUACAAGGCUCUGGAUAGUUCAAAUGUACACAAAAGCAAGGCUAAGAAAGUAGCCUAAGUCAUCUAACAAUGGAAGCCACCAUCGUACAAUUUGGCCAUCACAGCAAAGAGUGCCCUUUUGAUGCCACCACCUGACGCAUUCUUACUUUGGGAAGAUGAUCUUGCCAAGAACUUUCAUUGCUCCAAUUUAAGGUAAAGAACAACUUUUUGUGACAAGCUAGAAGCAUAUGGAACAUGUGCAAAUAACGGGAAUGAAGCCAAGGAAAGGAGAAGCACUCACUUACCUUGUUGUACAUUUUCCCGAAGACCUCCAAGAUGAAACUGUGCAAUGAACAUCUUAUACAACCUAAAGCUACCACUCUGCUAUGUACAUUUGCACUACUAAUGGUGGCAUUUUAAACUGUGAAAUAGGAAUGAUAAAAAUGUAAUAAUUCUGAUAAUUCUGACUGACAUUUAAGGGUAUAACAAAAGGAUGAAUAUCAGGUUUAUUUCAGGUUGUUGUAAUUACUGCAUUCCAAUAUUACCCAAAGUAGAAAUGAUAUAUAUACCCAAGAGUAAAGUUGUAUGUUUUUUGCACUGAGGCUCUUAUAAAUAUAAGAAGCACUUUAUUUCUACAGGGUCAGUAGAUAUGAGUUUUGGAAUGAGGUGGACUAGACCAGCAUUUGGCUUUUUGGGAUACAGUCUCUCAGGAGACAGAAGCAAAGAAAUCAAACAUUUAUUCACUGUCUCUUAUUUUCUACCUGUGUCAUCUAUUGCUACAGCCAUUUGACACUUUCUCUGAAUUUCAAAGCUCAAAGUGAUUUUAUGAAACCUUAAGGGAGCCUAAUUUUCAGAGGGUGACUGGUUGAGCAUUGUACCAAAAAUGCAAGAUACUUUAAGUUCCACACUGUCUUUGACCAGUUAUUAUUAAAUUUAUGUUUUAUAUUAAUCUAUCCAUUGAAAAUACUGCUGUGGCCAAAUCUUGCCAUAAUUUCCAUUUUAACCAACAGACAUUAUAUUGAGAGUCAUUGGCUGAAAUUCUGUGCAUAUGUAUGUAUGCAGUAUGCAGAACUGUGGGCUGGACUGAUUUUGCAUCUCUGAUUAAUGGAAAGAAUGGUUGUCUACACCACCUGACUGUACCUGCAGUCAAUUUGCACAUUCAAUUUAUGGGUAACCAAAGGGUUCCACACAUGUAUAUAGACCACUAAUGAUUCAAGUAAACCAUAUUAAAUAUCUAUAGAUUUAUAUAUGUAUCUGCAUAUAGGUAUAGUCUAAGUUUACGCUGAAUUAAUUAUGCUGGAGUCUACCUAAUUCACAGCAGUUUAUUUUCAUUUCAAAGUGCCCCAUGUUCUCAGAAAUAUGUGUAAUCUAGAAAUGGGCCUUAGUUAAACCCAGCAGCUGAGAAAUCCCUGGACAGACACGCUUUAGACAUUCUUAAAAACAUUACAAGGAAAUGAUAUAUUUCUUGGAAAUAAAUGAGAAAAGCACUCAAAUACUUACUUAGUUACCCACAUGGAAGCAGGUUUUUCCCCAAGGCAGAGAACUUGCUGAGAAGUAACAGACAUAUAGAGAACUCUUCCUAUCUUUGCUCUAUGACUCUAACAAGUUCCUCUUCUGGGAACAAUGAUACUGGCAGCUCUGGAGAUGACAAUAAUAUUGCACGUAUUCAGGGUUAAAGGUGCUAUACAAAAGCUAAGUGUUAGCAAUAAGCACAAGCUUCAGUCCAUUUCUUUUCACAAACCACUUAAACACACAUUUAUAUCCAGCUGUAGGCUAUGAGACUCACAGCUGCUCAGAAGUAAGUUACUCUCAACAAUGUGACCCUAGAGUUGCUGAAGAGGGACAGAAUGAACUCCAAAGACUUGCUAGAUCAGACCUAAUUAUAACUGUCCAUAUUCAGUUACUGUAACUCCAAUUACCUCUAUCGAUAUUCAAAACUCUUACAUUUAAAGGCACAGAGGUGUCCUUUCAAUAUGUGUUUGCUGCUGUUCACUCAACUGAGGAUCAAUGAGACUCACAAUCCAGUCAUUUUCAGAUAGCCACCUGUAUUCAUUUAAUAGACUGGGGAUCUGACUCAUCAAGCAUGCAUGUAUCAUCUUUGAGGAAUAUCCCAGUGGAAACUUUGGGUAUUCCUGGAUGUAAAUUUAAGUCACAGACAUCAGAAACUGUAGGGUAUACGGUAUCAGAAUGGCUGAAGAAGCAGAUACGAGCACUGCCUGCAACAAGAGGAGCAAAGAAGGGUACUUGAGGACAUUGGCAGAAACAUACCUUGGCAUAAACCUUGAUGCUUUUGCAGAACAGCCCAUCUGAAAAAGUCUUCUGCCUCAGAGCUCAUUAUAAAGGAAGCCCUGUUUAGAAAGCUUUCUUCUACUGCCAUAAUCAGUGAUUGUGAUUGGAUCAAGCCCCUUAUUAAAACUUCACUUGCCUCAGUCAGUGGUAGCUGGCAUCUGUUUCCACAUGCUCUGUCCUGCUGUGAUAUUUUUGACAACUUUUAGAGGCAGCAAGACCAAACUGUGUAGUAGUUAAAGAGAGACAGGCAGCUUGGUCAUGUCAGGACACAUCUCUGCAGCUGGGAAAAGGGAGUCUUAAGUGUUAUUUGCAUAGCCCCAAAGUCCAUCCCCCUCUAUUUUGUACAGAUCUCAUUUCAUGGAAAAUCUUAAACCCAUCUCAAAGACUGAAUGCCUUCCGUGUCCUGUUUUGUUUGCUUACCUCACUUUAAAAAAAAAUAAAAAAUGAAGCAUCUAUUCAGGCUUCCUCAUGGGAAAACCCCAGGACAUAAUGGUGGAUGAAAAUAGAUGUUGUUAUGUUGAUGAUUUUUAGCUUUCAUUGUAAUUGUGCCCAUCAUACAGAAAGUCCUUGCCUCUCUAUGCCACACUGGUUGGUCUAAUUUGGAUCUCCAGCUCUUGUCAGUAAAAAGAAGUCAUACUCACAUCUGAGGACUAGGAAACACCAUGGCAGAACAUGUCUCUGAUGCAGCCUACAUUUUUUUCUUCUCCCCUUUUUGCUCUCAAUUCCAUAAUAUAAGAGCCUAAAUAGAAAUGUUCCUCAGUAGUCUUCCAGCCUCAGUAGCCAUAGAAACCAGCUAUUUUUAUCUAUUUUGCAUGAUAUCAAUAAAUGACUUUUUCUACACUGGAUAGACAGGUCAACUCAGCUUCCUGCUAACUGGAUGUACUUGAUAAGCCAUGCAUAUCUGUUGUGUAAUAUUGUACAUUGAAAAGACAAAACAGGAUUAUUUAUAAGCGUGCAAAGGAUUCUUCUAUGUAGAUUAACUGCAUGAUGUUACACAUUCUUUCGGAGAGAGAAUUUUUAAAAUACACCCUUUGGAGUAUUGAUUAUUUUUUAAAAAUGUAUUGAGAUCAAGGUGGUAGUGGUAGUCAGUUUUUCUUGAUACACAAGCUUUCUUCUUUCCUAAGAUGACAGCUUUAAAAAAAGGAU